AUGGUCAGUCUACUAGAUAUCGAAGCUUUAAUUGACAAAUUAACAAUUUUGGAAAAAGCUCAAUUGAUAGGAGGCAUAGACAGAUGGCAUACUGUUCCUCUUCCGAGUCUAAAUAUUCCUUCGAUUAGGUUUUCUGAUGGUCCAAAUGGAGUUAGGGGUACGUCAUAUUUUCCAGGAAUUGCAUCCGCCUGCUUUCCUUGUGGGACAGCUUUGGGGGCUACGUGGGAUAAAGCACUAUUGUAUGAUGCUGGUAAGCUAAUGGCAGUUGAAGCAAAGCAUAAAAGUGCACAUGUUAUCCUAGGCCCUACGGUGAAUAUUCAGAGAUCUCCUCUCGGAGGUAGAGGCUAUGAGUCCUAUUCUGAGGAUCCAGUCCUAUCUGGAUUGGAAGCCGCUGCUGUCAUCAGCGGUAUUCAAAGCGAAGACAUUGGAGCUUGCAUUAAACAUUAUGUUUGUAAUGAAAUCGAGGAUGAAAGAAUCGCCAUUAACAUUAACAUCAGCGAGCGCGCUUUGAGAGAAAUUUAUCUAAAACCUUUCAUGUUAGCUAUAAAGUAUUCUAAUCCAGCUGUUAUAAUGACGUCAUACUCCAAGGUUAAUGGAAUACACGUAUCGCAAAAUAGAAAAUUAUUGAUUGAUUUGCUACGAAUUGAAUAUGGCUGGGACGGUACGAUAAUUUCGGAUUGGUAUGGGACAUACGACACUAACUUAUCAAUCCAGAAUGGUCUAGAUCUUGAAAUGCCCGGCCCCCCAAAAACAAGGUUACCACAUCAAAUUUUUCUUAAAGUCAAGUCAAAUGAAAUUCACAUUGAUCAUUUAAACGAGAGAGUAAGAAAUGUUUUAAAACUAAUCAAUUUUACAAAAAAAUCUAAAAUUACAGAGCAGGGCCCACAGGACGAAAAAAAUAAUACCCGAGAAACUGCAAAAAAGUUGAGGCUUUACAGUUCAGAUGGUAUUGUAUUGUUGAAAAAUCAAAAUGAUAUCUUGCCUUUAUCACGGAGAGAGAAAAUUGCAAUUAUUGGUCCUAAUGCGAAAAACACAUCAGCUCACGGUGGAGGGUCUGCAGCCUUGAACUCUUAUUAUACUGUAACCCCGUAUGAUGGCCUUAGUGAAAAGUUGCCCUACGAACCGCAAUAUACAGUAGGUGCGUAUUCCCAUAAGCUUUUACCUCCUCUAGGUAUCAAAAUGACCAGGGAAGAUGGGCUGCAAGGUUACGAUUGUAAAGUAUAUCUUGAGCCUUCAAGUGUUGUUAACAGAACAUUGAUAGACCAUUUGUCUUUGACUAAUUCAUAUCUCAGACUACCAGACUAUAAAAAUAAUAAAGUACCAGAGAAUAAUAUCUUCUUUAUGGAUAUAGAAGGAUUUUUUAUUCCUAAUCAUGAUGAUUAUUAUGAGUUUGGUCUCACUGUUGUUGGAACUGCUCAGCUAUUUAUCGAUGGCAAACUAGUAGUUGAUAAUAAAACAAAACAAAAAAAGGGCGAUUCUUUCUAUAAUACUGGGACAGUAGAGGAGAGAGGAAAAAAGUACUUAAAAAAAGGGCAACAGUACACAAUCAAGAUUGAAUUCGGUAGUGGCCCAACAUCAAGUUUAUCACAAACUACAGAGUCCCUAAGUGAUGCUGGAGGAGCGAUAGCCUUUGGUGGGUGCAGAGUGAUUGAUGCUGAAAAAGAAAUUCAAAAUGCAGUUCAAAUUGCAAAAAACAACGAUAAAGUGAUAGUUAUUAUUGGUUUGUCUAGAGAAUGGGAAAGCGAAGGCUAUGAUAGAUCAAGCAUGGAGCUUCCGGGCUUCACCUGUACCCUUGUUAAUGAAGUUCUGAAGGCCAAUAAAAACAUUAUCGUAGUUAAUCAGUCUGGUACUCCUGUAGAUCUACCAUUCAUUGAAAAUAUUUCUGCAUUUGUUCAACAUUGGUUCAGCGGGAGGAAUGCUCUAGCAGAUGUUUUGUUUGGCGAUGUGAACCCGAGUGGAAAACUACCCUUAACGUUCCCAAAGAAAGUUCAGCAUACUCCUUCUUAUUUGAACUUCAAGUCAGAUAGAGGUCAAGUUAAUUAUGGAGAAGGGGUUUUUGUAGGUUAUAGAUACUAUGAAGCUAUUAGCCAAGAAGCUCUCUUUCCUUUUGGGUUUGGCUUAAGUUAUACGAAAUUCAAGCUUCUCGAUUUAAAAUUGAAACAGAUCUCAAAAAAUCAAAUUAUAGCUUCUGUAACACUUGAGAACAUUGGAUUAAGAGAUGGUAAAGAAGUCAUUCAAGUUUACGUGCGUCAAGAGAAUACUACAGUGAGUAGGCCACCGAAGGAAUUGAAAAAUUUUGAAAAAGUCUUUAUCAGAAAGGGUGAAACGAAGACAGUCAACAUCGAUGUCGAUAUAAAACUAGCAACCUCCUUCUGGGAUGAUUAUGCUAAUAAAUGGAUCAGUGAAGCUGGGGAAUAUAAGGUUUUAGUUGGUAACAGUAGUGAAAACAUUAAAUUGCUCGAAACUUUUAUCGUUGAGAAAGACUCAUUUAGUCUUGGCCUAUAA